CGUCUACUGUGUCAGAAACAGAUAAAAAGAUUGACAAUUUUUGGUUCCACUCCUACCGACGCCUUAUAUUAUCAAACCCCCGAAGCUAAAAUAUUGUCUAGCAUCAAGCAAAGUUUCAAUCUGUUAUGGUCCAUCGCCGAAUCUACAAGAAAAGUUGGAAAGAUUUAACUUCACGAAACAAGAACCUGAAGAUUGUAAUUAUUUUCCACUCCUGGGUCUUCCUCAGUUGCAUUUGUAAUUUGUGACAAAAGCAGUAAUGAACUGUCACUGGGCUUUGACAAGAUGCAUGGAUUCUCCAUGGUUGAUGGCUUUGCGGAGAUAACUGAAAGCUUGGCUGAGAUGAUCAAGUAUGUGGCGAACGAACCCUCGGUAGGGCUUUUCUAUAUUCAGCAGCAUACUCAGAAUGCAGUUCCGAAUGUCAUUAGGCUCCAGAAUAAUGUUGUGGAGAAGUCACGUGAAACAAAUUUGCACACUGAAGACUUGGAUGAUUCUAUCACCGUGGUGAAGUCAAUGAAAGAAUGUGGUUUCCCUGUUGCUGAUGAGAUGAUUAGAGACAUCAGGACAUCUUUAGCAAUAUUGUCAGCUAAACAACCAAGAAGAGGAUUAAUGAAUAGCCCAGUUUCGGGUUUCCAGAUGGGAAGAACCAGCUCAUGGGGACCAGGCACUUGGGGUCGUAAUGGAGAUGAUGCCAAGAAGGAUGGCAAAAGAACGAGCAAUUACUUUUCAACUGUAUUUAAAUCUGCCAAAGAAAGGGCAAGCAAUUUCAAGUGGCCACCACGUGAUUCAAAAGAAUCAACCACAAACCGGGCAGAAAAACCAUUGUCUUAUCCCAAUCCAUCACACUUGGUCGGUAUCUCUAGUUCAUCUUUGCCUGCUGCAGAACUUGAUGAACUGCCCUUGUCCAGUCUAACUGCUGACGAGCAAGAAUUAGAUAAAGAAAAGGAUCAGGUUGGUGUAAAUUCACCACCUCAUAAUAUAUUGUUGGUAGCAGAAAACUACAAUGACUUACAGGCUGAUAAGGAAGCCAAGCUAGAGGAGUGGUUGAGAAGGACUGCUGACAACCAAGAUAAAGUGCAAUGGAGCAAAUGAUGCAGGUGGCUUUUCCUUCUUCUUCAUCGAACAUGUCCAAUGCCAUUGCUUCUCAAAAAACCUUUUGCUUGUAUAUCUGUUGUUUGUGCUUAGUGAGCUUGGAAGUUAUAUUACACGGUUCAUCAAAAAUACUUGUCUCGUUUUGGUUGGUUUCACAUAGGUUUAGCGUCUCAGGUUUCUUUUAUUAACUUUUUUCUGUUUUCUUAUGUAAUUAAAUGUAACAAGAGAGAUCUUCUGUAUGAUUGCUGCACAAGGUAAACUCUUUGGCAAUGCUUUUUUUGCCUA